CGUGUCUCACAGUGCAGUCACCCUCACGAGCUCGGCGCGGUGCUCCGGUGCGACCAGGAUGGAGCCCGAGCCGCGAGCGCGCUUCGAGCCUCCGGAAUAAAAAAGAAAGUCUUGGGAUCCCGCGGGUGGAAAAAAAACAAAAAAACAAAAAACAUAUCUAAAUUUAUAUAUAUUUUUUUUAUUCUUUGCAAUAGCAAGGAAUAAACUUCUAAACUUCCUAGUGGGAUUUUAUACUUCGAGCGCGCGCUGUUGGGAAAAAAUAAAAUAGUAAAAUUAAAAACAUGCCCUUCGCCAAGCGGACGGUGGAGCCGCAGCGGCUGUGCAGGAGCGCGGAGCCGGGAGAGGAAGGCUCUCCGCCGGGGCUGCUGGAUGACCUGUGCGCGGUCAGUAACGCCGCUCUGUCCCGCACCGUGCGCCAGCUGUCGGACGUGGCGCGGCACGCGGGCUCGCUCUUCCACGAGCUGGAGCGCGAGCUGGCGCACACCGACCGGCGGCUGCGGGAUCUGCGGGAGAAAGUGCGCCGCAUGGAGAGGAGCACCGAGGAGCUGGACCCCAAACAGGAAGUAGUGCCUGUAUCGAGUCUGGAUGUUGAGAGUAAACACACUGAACAUUUCCAGUCUGCUUGGCAGCUACACAGAAACGUCUUCGUCCCGGAGAGUCGGCCGCCGUGUGUCGAGGAGCUUCACCACAACGCCAAACAGAGCCUGAGAGCGCUACACCGAGAUCAGCAGCAGAGACAGGAAGUCAGUGAACAAGAGCGGAGGGUGACCGUCUUGAUAGCCCCGCCCACACCCACACCCACUUCCCCCUCCCACCACACACUCCACACGUUUGAAAGAGUCCGAUCCUCUUCCCCUACUGAAUGUUGCCACUUUCCUCGCCGGAGCAGACAGGUGGAUUCCGACCCCGAUUCCGUGUCUUUAGGUCACAGAUCCAAGUUCCCUAUUCCCAACAUUCCCUCGCCGCUGGACACACAGACCAACUGGAGCGUCGCUCUGCCGUUACCCACUCCCGAGGACAGGAUGAAGAGCCAGUCACAGGCCGUCAUGUCCUGCGUGGUGCCCAUCGACGUCUCGGAGGAUUCCUCCGUCGCUGCUCGGCCCUCGGCGGCGUCUGCCUUCCUCAGGGCUGGGUUCGACAGAGAUGCCAGUGUUCGCUCUUCGCUCGUCUACUCUCAGUCAGUGCUACAGAGGAGACGGAAGCUGAGAAGACGGAAAACUAUCACGGGCUUUCCCAGACAAGUGCAUCAAGACUUAGACUCUGAUGAGUCUCCUGUGGCUAGUGAGCAGACCGUAAUAGUGCACUCCAGCCCUGAAGCUUGCCAAGAGGACCUCACACUCACUCGUCUCAACACCAGAGACUCUGGCUGCCAGACGGAAGACUUCCUGGUUGCUGUUGCGGCACCAUCUCGUAGACGGAUCAGAGCUCAGAGGGGUCAGAGUGCGACUUUCCUACUUUCCCAUUCCACAGGAAACAUACCGUCCCUGCCAGACAGUUCGGAUACCAUGUUUACCACCUCCAUCAGCUCCCAUUUGCGCUCGCGUAGCCUUCCUCGAGAAAGCGCCCGAUUAUUUGAUGAAGUACGAAUCAACAGUGAUAAUGAUGACGAAGACGACGGAGAUCUUUCACCAUUCGAAGGAGGAGAAUUCCUUCCGGUACCAGUAGAGAACACGCUAAAAGAUGAAGAAGAGAGCAUUGAUGACCAGGUACAGCCAGAGAGGCAGCUAGGUAGCUUCAACCAGCAUCCUGAGAGUCCAGAGAGCAUGUGGAUGCAGAGAGGUCGGUCCCGUCUGCCUUGUAAAACUGAUGAGAUCUCGUCGAGCUCUGACACAUUCAGCAGCCCUAUUCACUCCAACAGUGGAGUUCUGGCCAGCCAGAUGGACCAUAAGGAGGACCACCAGUCUUCCAGUGGAAACUGGAGUGGCAGCAGUUCCACAUGCCCCUCGCAGACAUCAGAGACGAUUGCUCCUGCUGCCUCACCACCACUGACACACUGUGACUCAGAGCUGUCUCUAAACACAGCUCUUAACAUCGCUGAAGACUCUGCUGAGCCCUACUCUGGAGACAGGCUGCAAGGUCUGCGGGGUCACCGAACAGGAUCGUUUGCUUCCACUGCAACUGACAUGCUCGAUGACGCGGGAGUCAGCACGCCAAGCGAAGCCGACUGGAGCUACCCUCAACAUAGACACAACAGGUCCUGCCACAAGGACUUGAGUCCUGAACGCUCUAGGGAAGGGGAGGGCAGCCUAGAGUGCCCCAGCUUUGCUAGCAUAGCCACAAUAGAGAGCUUAGAUAAGCCUCCCUCUGACAAGGCUGACACUAUGUCGCACUUCUCUGUGGAUGCCGAGGGCUACUAUACCUCCAUGCACUUUGACUGUGGUAUUAAAGGUAGCAAAAGCUUCACAUACAACUAUGGAUCUGUUGAACAGCAAAAGGAAGUGUACAGAGGUCAUGCAUCAAAAGGGAGACGCAGUCUUUCUCUAAGGAAGCCAAAGGUGAAGCCAUCGCCUCCAGAACGCUGCUCAUCGUUAAAGAAAAAUAGUGGCCAUGCUGGAUUAGCUCCUGAAAUGAGUGAACCAAAGAUAACGAGUGAGCAGAACUUACUGAUGUCUUCCAAGGAAAGGAGUUCACCAUUGGCAUCAAGUGACCCCUCUGACCAGCCAGAGGAUGAGGAGCUGGUGGAGGCCUGGGGUGGACAGAUUUCUAAUCAGAUUCCAGAUGUGGUUUUGCUUGGUUCCACAGACAAACAGUCCUUAAAGACUGAGGAAGCUGUCCAGUCUGAUUAUGCAGAGCUCUGGCUUGUGAAUGACUUGAAAUCCAACGAUAAUUACAAUUCUUUGUCAAACUCCAGCACUGCUACCGGCACAACGGUCAUCGAAUGCAUGAAGUCACAAGAGAGCUCAGAGUCACAGUCUGACUCGAGGGCUACCACCCCUUUACUGCCAUCUGUGGAAACAGAAUUUAGACUGCCCUCCCCAGAGAAGCUGGUAAAUCUAGCAUCCCCUUCCAGUGGUUAUUCAAGCCAGUCCGAGACGCCAACAUCUUCAUCUGCUUUUUUCCCAAACCCUAAUCCUUUGUCCCCCAUUGGUGGAAAGAGGAAACCAAAAGUCCCAGAGAGGAAGUCCUCCCUCACUUCACUGCAGCAGCGCACACCCAAAAUGGACCUUGAGCUACCCAUUAUACCCCCCACCCAUCUCAACCUAAGUGCCCUUCACAAUGGCAAGAAGCCUUUAUCCCACAGAAACCACAUUCAUGUCCAUAACAACAGCAAACACAAAGUGGCCGUGGCCACGACUGAAAGUGUUGAACCUGGCAGCACCAGUCCUUUGGAAAUCACCCCCAUGAUGCUUCAUUCUGUCCAGCUACGUUCAGUUAGCAAACCUGGUGAAGAAAACCAUGAUCUGCCUUGCACAGAUGCUUCCACUAGGCCCAAGAGACCCACUAUAAGCAUCCUCAAUGAGACCAGGAAGCCUCCACCUUAUAGACCACUCACCAAUGAACCCCUCUCUCAAGAUAACUGUGAAUCCAUAUUUACUCCUACAGAUGGACCAGAGUUGUCUGGGAGUCUCCCGAGGAUUUCCUUUACAAAAAAUAGAUUUGACAGGAUAGCCCCGGCACCUCUUUGGAGCAUGACUGCUUUCAGCACAACUUCUGAGCAAGUGAGCCGAGAUGACAUGACGGCAGACAUAUCAGAGAGUCAAAAGGUACCUGCUGAAGCAGAGGGACUCUUCCCUCAGAGCUCUAUGGAAAUGGAGAAGGACCAGGAAGUGAGGCUUGAGUCAACAGAAGAAAAGCCAAAAACAGAAUCACCACCUGGUCAUGAUAGUAUACUCUCUACAAGAUCUGAGAAAUUUGACCAAGUGCCUGAUUUAAUCCUUGACUCAUCACUGGAAUCUUCAGAAAUUGAUCCAGUUAGUGAUGCCAGCAAUCAUGGAGAGGAAUCAGUAUCAUCAGGUGGUCCAACCAGCAGUGCCUCACAGGAGACCAUGGGGGAAGUAUCUACACCUGAUACAGAGGAUUACUUCAGCAAAGAUUCCACACCUAGUGAUCCGGUAGUAUCUCCUUUGACAGAUGAAUCAACAACUGAGGAGGACAGUGUUUUCCUUUCCCCUAAUAAAGCUCGAACAACUGAGGAUCUCUUCGCCAUGAUUCACAGGUCAAAAAGGAAAGUCCUCGGCCGAAAGGACUCGAAAGGAGAUAUGGCCGUUCGGAGUUCCCUGGGUGGUUCUAUUGCCUCACCUGCCACCUCCCCGAGUACCCCUGUUACGCCAACAAGCUCCCAACGAGCACCGAGCCAAAUAUACAGGAGUGUCAAAAAGUCCAACACCUCCAAUGAGGAAUUCAAACAGCUUCUUCUUAAAAGGGGAAGUCGGUCUGAUUCGAGCUAUCGCAUAUCAGCUACUGAGAUCCUGAAAAGUCCUAACGCAUCGAGAACUUUCAGUGACCCCUUGUCAGAAGGUAUGAAGCAUCCUGAAGGGUUCCCUUCGCCAUUCCAGCCACAGUCUCCGGAGAAAACACCUGAGGUUCUUCAUAGCCCCUACCCCAAAGCCAACGUGGAGGGGUUCUCCACAAAAGUUUUUAGUUCUUCCAGACAAGGUCGUUCAAGGUUACCACCAGCUGCAAGCAGCAGUCGUUACAGCACACGCAGCCGGCUAUACACAACACCCAUGCAGGCGAUUUCUGAAGGGGAAACGGAAAACUCAGAUGGAAGUCCACAUGAUGACCGUUCCUCAUAAACCGAGAAUGCACCUUCUACCAGGUGUUUACAAAAAAGAAACACAAAAUCAAAACUACUAAAGCUGUUUUUUAAAUUGAUUUAAGCGAUUUUUAAACCUGUGCUGAUUUACUGCCCUUUUGUAGCCCAGAGGAAAAAAAAUGUUUACAACUUAUGAAAUUGUCUAGGUAUAUGCAGCAAUGUUUAUUAUGCUAUUAGCAUUAUGCGAAAAAGCUAAUUUUAAAAAAUUUUAUUAUUGCAUUUUAUAUGGGCAUUAACUGUGAAAUAAAUAUAAAACUGUCAAUGAUAAAGAAACGUAGGACAAUCAGAUAGUGGCCUUUUACACUGUUGUAGCAAUGAGUUGAUUUGCAGCACAAAUAUUUUAAAAUAUGUGUCAGAAGAUCUGGCUUUAGCUAGAAAUGACCCUCAUUUGGCAAAAAUGUUUUUGCAGGUUUAUUCUUGCUAUCCAUUUGCACUUCUUUGAAAUUGUAAUUUUAAAUAAUCUAAAAUAAAUAUGCAAAUAUCUUAAGUAAUGAUAUGAGAUUAAUCCCUCCACAAAUUGAAGUUUAUCUCUACUUUGUUUAAUUACAUUUUAAGACUCAAACCCCUUUUGUAUAAAAAUAUUUCACAGAAUUGGUAUAUGCAUCUCGGCCAAUAUCACAACACUUCUGGGUGGAUUGUUUAAAUGUGUAUUCCUAUUUGUUUGUGUUUAUAACGUUAAGCUCCGGUGUAACUUCGUAAGCGACAAGCCAUUUCUCACUUUCGAUAAAACAAACUUUUGCUUUUAUCAAAUUGGCCUUGAAAAGUGAGGUCCAAAUAUAUUAAACCUGUGAACACGUGCUCCUUAGAAUGUUUCUGAAUGUCUUCAGAGCUUAACAGAUGUUACGCUAUAUUCAGUCAACUCAUUUUUGCAAAUUCUUUUAAGAUGCGUACACCAGGCUUUUUUAAAUUGGUUCAGUGAUAAGAAAAAAAUCUAUCCUGUGACUGCUGAUGUAUCAGUAGAAAUACAGGUAAUAUAUUAGAGGUGUGCGCCUGCUCAGUCUGAAAAUAUUCGACAUGGAAACAAAAGGAAAGCAAACUGAGGUGUAAUAAGGUUUAAAUAAAGUGCAGAAGGUUUUGGUUUAAGUCAGGCUUUAAAAGAUUGUGCUGAGAUUGUGGUGUAUGUCGGAAUAACAGGCGUUUGUAAUGUCAUUUGGGAGAGUGACUUGAGAUGGGAAGGAGGAAGGAUCAGAAAUGUUCAAAAAAAAAAAAGCUAACAAAAAAAUGUGUUAGGAACCAAGACGUACAGAUCAAGAAGUAAAGUCAUGUGUGCGAGAGAAAGAGCAAGUUUUUUAUUGUAGGUUUUUAGAAAUGUUUAGACGGUGGAUUUAAACAAGAUUACUAAGAUUCAAGGUUUUGUUAACGAGAAGCUGGAGAGCAACUUUUAAGAAUUUGGUAGUUUUUCAUCAACGGAACUAAUGACUUAUUUUCCUCCUUUAUUUUCGGUACUAAGGGACGAAUUCGUUAAAAAGAUCCUGCUAAUUGAUGUAUGAAACAUUUAAGACGUUGAAUUUAGACAUUUUAUUUAUGAAUUUGUCUGACAUUGUGUUUUUAUCAGAUGAUUAAGCUCUGUUGAAGAAACCAACACUGGUCUGAAAGACAACUUUAACCACUUUAAUGUAAUAACGAUAAGCUAACGUGUCCUAUUAGCUGCCAAUUCCUGAUGGUUGGAGCACUGUAUUAGUCCAAAAUAUUUCAUUUUUCAUUUUUCCAAGUUACCCGAUGCUUUGUUUUGUUCAUAACUGUGUAUUAGCUUAUAAAGUGUAACGCAACAUCCACAAGUGUAACACAAAUGACUCCCUGUGUAGGCUAAAAGCUGUUAGACCACAGUGCUGCUGAAUUCUGGAUUGUGAUUGGUCAGAAGUUGUUGAUUAAUUUUCUCUGACAGUAGCGCAGCUGCAAAUCCCAGAUUUAUAUUAAUGCGCUCAUUCUGAUACGUUAUCGUUUGUAUAGUGACAGUAAAUUCACUGUUACGAUCUACAUACACAGCUUAAAAACGCGUGGAAUCGUCGAUCUGGUGAAGUUUUCUAUAAGGAGACGGUUAUUUAACAUUUAUGGAAGGAGUCUCCAGUGUCAGCGCUUUGUAACAGUCAGAGGUAAAGCUGUAACUUUAAGUUCAGGACCUUUUGCGGUUUCUCGGUAACACAAGAACCUGCAUUUUUUUGUUUUGAUUUUUAUUUUUUUUUUUCAGAAAAAAAGAGGCUGGUGAAGGGAUGAUUGUUUAUAGCUGCUAGGGUUUCAUGGACAUUAAGUGUAACUAUAAACAGAUAAAAGUACAAAGUGUUAUAGCCUUAAUUAAGACCCUAUAUGUCCAGUAGGGAGCUGUUUGGGAUGCUGUGUUGUUUACGCUUUAGCUGUAUAAAGUGAAACGGUGGAAGUUUGCUAAAUCUCUUAACAAAGCUAAUAAUUACGCCACGACAGACGAUUUGCUGACGGUUUACGCUGAAAACGCAAAAACGCAGAGAAAAAUAUUCAUUCCAACAUGCUAAACUGUGUUAUUGCACUGAUACAGACAACUAUAUGAAGUUUUGUCUUUUGCUGUAGUAAAAGUAUUUAUAAUAAAUAAAUAAAUAAAUAAAUAAAUAAUCUGAGUUUAUAAACCGAGCUUCCUCAAAAGGCUGUGACACUCAGAAGAGUCGUAACAGUGCAUGAAACACACAUCGGGCACAUUUCUGUAGACCAGAACACCAGCACUCACACAGACGGUGAGAAACACGUCGUUAAUGCUGAUAGAGUGUGUGUGUGUGUGUGUGUGUGUGUGUGUGUGUGUGUUUUGGUACGAGCGACGCCUCACUCAGACCGAAAGCUUUGAACAACCAGUAAACAUCACUUUUGUAAGUUUUGUACAGAUUUGUGUAUAUAUAUAUGAGACUUUUUUUUUUUCAAAUGUUACUUUUUGUAAAAAAAAAAAAAAAUGUUUUCAGA